AUGGUAAAUGUGACAACGGAUUACAGACACUACAAUCUGUACAGUCAGGAGGCUAGUAGGACGCACUCCUCCCUGAGUCCGUCCAACGAUCUGCCAGGCAAUUUGUUGGGACCUAGGGAGAUUGCGGUUCGUGUGUUUAGAGCCUGUUCCGAACUUGGGAUACGAACAGUGGCAGUAUACAGUGAGCAAGACAGACUGCUUCUACACCGUCAAAAAUCCGACGAGUCCUAUCUGAUUGGGGAGGGACUCGCCCCAGUGGAUGCCUAUUUAAACAUCCCCGAGAUAAUCAGUGUCGCGAAGGAAAACGACGUGGAUGCUAUACAUCCAGGAUAUGGAUUCCUUAGCGAGAGGUCAGACUUUGCAAAAGCAUGCGAAGAUGCGGGAAUUAUAUUUGUCGGUCCGCCGUCUGCUGUUGUCAACAAACUGGGGAACAAGGUAGAGGCGCGGCAAGCCGCUCUGGACGCCAAGGUUUCGAUUAUCCCUGGCAGUCCCGGACCAGUUACUUCUGUGGAAGAAGCAACGAGGUUCACUGAAGAACAUGGUUUGCCAAUAAUUCUGAAAGCCGCUUAUGGUGGUGGCGGACGUGGGAUGCGUGUGGUGCAUGACCGGAAGGCCGUUGCGGAGAACUUCGAGAUUGCCUCGUCUGAAGCAAAAGCGUCGUUUGGUGACGGUGCCAUGUUUAUAGAAAGAUUUAUUGAACACCCGAGGCAUAUUGAAGUCCAGAUUCUGGGUGACAAAUACGGUGACGUUGUUCAUCUUUUCGAACGAGACUGCUCCGUCCAACGUCGACAUCAGAAAGUCAUCGAAAUCGCUCCGGCUCCGUACCUGGACUCAGCAAUUCGCAAUUCCAUUUUGCAGGAUGCUGUACGAUUGGCCAAGUUUGUUGGGUAUGAAAACGCCGGUACCGUGGAAUUCCUGGUGGAUCAGAAAUCCGGAAAGUACUACUUCAUUGAAGUCAACGCCCGUUUACAGGUUGAGCACACGGUAACCGAGGAAGUGACAGGAGUCGACCUUGUUCAAUCACAAAUUCGAGUCGCUGAGGGGCACUCCCUGCGUGAUCUGGGGCUUAUUCAGGAAGAAAUCAAACCGUUCGGUUACGCAAUACAAUGCCGAGUGACGACAGAAGAUCCUAGUAAAUCGUUUCAGCCAGAUUUUGGGCGUAUUGAGGUCUUCCAAAGUGGGGAGGGUAUGGGAAUCCGGAUUGACUCAGCCUCUGCCUUUGCCGGAGCCAUCAUCUCUCCGUACUAUGAUUCUCUGUUGGCAAAAGUCAUAGCUCACGCAAAGGAAUUUCCUGACGCCACCAAGAAGAUGCGCCGUGCUUUGGAAGAGAUACGCGUUCAUGGACUGAAGACAAACAUACCUUUCCUACUCAACGUAUUCAACAACCAGAAAUUCCUCUCGGGAGCAGUGGACACCGUUUUUAUUGACGAGAACCCUGAAUUGUUCAAACUGCCUGUAAGAAAGCAGCGAGCACAAAAGUUGUUGCGUUAUAUUGCCAACGUCUUGGUUAAUGGCCCUUCAACUGUUCUCGCAACUGACCUCAAACCAUCAAAUAUCGAGCCCCAUGUACCUUCUGUUCCCAGUGGAAAACCUACCCGCGGUUGGCGUGACGUUAUUUUGCAAUCUGGCCCUGAUGGUUUCGCCAAAGCUGUCAGGCGGCAUCCACACCUUCUACUGAUGGACACGACGAUGCGCGACGCACAUCAGUCACUACUUGCAACGCGAAUCCGAACAUUAGACAUUGCUCGAAUUUCUCCAUUUGUUGCUCAUGCUUUUCCGCAGUUCUUUUCUCUGGAAAACUGGGGUGGUGCAACCUUUGAUGUUUCAAUGCGUUUCCUUCACGAGUGCCCAUGGGAACGUCUGGAACAACUUCGUGAGGCGAUUCCGAAUAUCCCCUUCCAAAUGCUUCUCCGUGGUGCCAGUGCUGUGGGCUAUAAAAACUAUCCGGAUAAUGUGGUACAUGAAUCUGUGAUUGAGCAUCUACCAGGUGCCUGA